AUGAAUUUUAGCAACUUUCAUACUUCCAGUAGUUCUGUGACUUCAGUACUUUUAGUAAUUCCAGUUGGUCUAGUAACUCUGACAGUUCCAGUGAUUUCAUCAACGCUUAUAGGUGCAGUAACUUCUUCAGUUUUAGCAAAGUUACUAAUCUUCACCUAUUUCAUCAGUUCUAGCAUUUCGGGUGGUCCUCGUAGUACCGCCAUCCCGAAUAUUCCUACAAGUGCUCGUUGGUCACAGAAUGGUGUCACUGUUGCUGGAGGUAAUGGACGUGAGAAAGCCACCAAUCAGCUCAUGGAUCCCCAAGGUCUCUUUGUUGAUGAUGAUCAAACAAUUGUCAUUAGUGACAUGUCGAAUCAUCGUAUCGUCCAAUGGAAGAAAGGUGAAAUCAAUGGACAAGUCAUUGCUGGUGGCAAUGGCGGAGGAAAUCGAUUGGAUCAAUUCAAUCAACCAACUGAUGUGGUCAUCGACAAAGAGACCGAUAGCCUCAUUAUCUGCGAUUGCAAGAACGAUCGAGUCGUCCGAUGGUUACGUCGUAGUGGCACCACACAAGGUGAAAUCUUCAUCGACACCAUCGCUUGCUGGGGAUUGGGCAUGGGUGAUCAGAGAAAUCUCUAUGUCUCUGACCCCAAGAAAGAUGAAGUCCGACGGUAUCCAAUAGGUGGCAAGAAUGGAACUAUAGUCGCUGGUGGCAAUGGCAAAGGUCCUGGCCUCAAUCAACUCAACUCUCCGAAUUACAUCUUUGCCAAUCGACAACAGACUGUCUACGCAUCGGACUCCAGGAAUCAUCGUGUCAUGAAAUGGCAUAAAGAUGCAAAAGAAGGGAUUGCAGUCGCUGGAGGUCUAGGUCAAGGGAAUGCUCUAACACAAUUGUCUUUACCUGAAGGGUUCUUCGUCGAUACCUCGGGUAAUCUCUAUAUUGCAGACUCCGCAAAUAAUCGUGUCCUCCGUUGGCUUCAAGCUGCGAAACAAGGCACUGUUAUUGCGGGUGGAAACGGUGAAGGAUCCGCAGUAAAUCAGUUUCACUGCCAGAGAGGUCUGUUCUUCGAUCGCCAUGGCAAUCUUUAUGUCGUUGACAUGACCAAUCAACGUGUACAACAAUUUUCAAUCGAAUAG